AUGGCUUCUACUCCCUUCGCCAUCGACGUCCUGAAAGGCCCUCUCAGCAAACGUGAAACUAAGGACCUUGAGGCAGGAUUUGCACGUCGAUCAAUGAUGCUGGUUCGUCGCCUGCUAGGCGAGGACCGCCUGAUCGAGCUUCUUCGUGACGAAACGGCGGCCAGUACCGAAUGGUGGAAAAAAGUGUGUUCCAACUCGAACGGAAAGUGGACACCAGCUCGUAUAGCCCUUUCUGUACGAGGCGUCCUUUCACAGGAAUUUGUUCAAUGGUUCCUUCCCGCACAAGGUGGCAUGCUUCCCGAGCCAGAGAAGCUUGCCGCCCACCCCGAGCAUUGGGUUGUUCGCCCUUCCAAGGAGUCUAAAUCAAUGGCAGUGUUGGAGACACUGGGCGAGAGGCCAACUUUGUUUACGCUGGCUUUCGAUGUGCAAGCUGCCGAAUUUGUUCAGGAUGAGCCGACUUUCACUACCAAGAUGACUGCUCGAGGCUAUCUUGAAGAUGGUUCUCAAAUUAUAGAGCUAUAUCACCAGUUCAGGGACCAUGCGGAUGGCCAAGGAUUCGACGUUGAUUUGGCGAUAUAUUUCCCGGUGGGAGCGGGGGAAAGCGUUGUUGAGUGCCAUCGUCAGCAUUUGCUUGUUGAGUUCAGCAACUGGUCCAAGCAAGCCUUUGAGGCGAAGGCAGCGCGAUGA